CUUGCUAAGGGGGAACGACGAUCCGGAUGGGAUUUGAACCCCGGUCCUGCCGUAUUAAUACCUGUUUUUUAAUACCUGUCAGCCGACCUUAACGUAGGCGAAAAAAAGAUGUUGCGUGUGAUCCUUCGCUUGAUUCUAAAGCCUUACAACAGCGCGACUGUUGUAGAUAUCCGAUCUAUUUUUAGAUUUGCGUCUGCGAAUGUGGGAGGAAGAGAUCAAAUAUUUUGUCAAAAAAAAGGAAAGUUGCUUUACUCACCAAGGUUUUAGGCAUUCUCCUUGUUUGUAGACAUCCGAACUAUUUUUUAAGAUCUGCUUCUGCGAAUGAGAGAGGAAGAGAACAUAUAUUUUGUAAAAAAAAUGAAAGUUGCUUUACUCACCGAGGCUUUAGGCAUUGUCCAUGUGUGUAACGGGAUCGCUGCUAUUCAGAUGAUCUUUUUCAUCGAUCUGCGGCUACGGACAACGUGAAGAUCCGCAAAAUCCAUUGAAAAAAAAAAACAAAAAAAAAACCUCCCAAAAUGUCUGCCUGGGAUGCUUCCCUUACGAUACACCUGUUUGUGACCUAUACAUGGCUCGCUUCGGCCCACAAGUAUCAAAAUUUGUAUUAAACACAACGUAGGAAUAAAGACGAUCGGACGCGUGGUCCUAACGUGCAAAGUAAUUCAGCGUUUUACUAUCCGUUAUAGCCCCCACCAAAAGACAAUUACAAUAGAUUGCAUCGUUUUUCAAUUACACUGUAUAAUUGUACGAUCAAUGUUGUUAUUGUGCUACUCUAAUUGCCAGUAUCAAGCAUAUCUGAUAACUGCACCGAAACACAUGGGAGAACAUCACGCUUUUUUCGCGCACACUUCUCAUUCUCCACAACUGCUAAACUUACCGCGAUCGCCGUAUCAGGUUUACAAUAGUGACCACCUCCCACUCGAUGAGUACUGCUCACCGUGUCGUGUAACCCGUAAUUCUAGCCCGGUAUAAAAACGAUCUCCCCUGGCUGGUGCAAUUUCCAGUUCACGGGAGACGCUAUUGCCAUUCGGUACUGUCUCCUUGCAGUCAAGCAAGCAUCCACGUGUGAAAGUUGUUUCAUUCAGUGCAACCCGCGAUCGUCAGCAAUAUGAUACUGCUUGUGUUUAUAAGUGUGUUUGCCAUUGUGUAUUAUAUUAAUUUUCGAAGAUCGCGCAAACGAUUGUACGAGCUUGCCAAACAAAUACCGGGCCCGUUCGACUAUCCAUUGAUUGGCAGUUUACUGGAAACGAUUGGCAAGGAUCCAUUGGAAUUGAUCGCGCAUUUUAUGGAGCUAAUGCAUCACAUUCCUUCACCGAUGCGAGCAUGGCUAGGACCGUACCUAAUAGUCAUUGUCGCUGAACCGGCUAUGGUACAAGACAUUCUCCGCUCGCCCGACUGCGUCCAGAAACCAGACCAGUACCACUUCUUCCGCCUCAGCAAAGGGCUGUUCGGUGCUCCUGCUGGCCUAUGGCGAAAGCAUCGUAAACUGUUAAACACGUCAUUUUCUCCUGCGGUGUUAAAAAGUUUCGUACCAACGCUCAAUGCAAAGGCGGAAGAGUUUAGUCGCGAGCUAAAUGACAAAGUGUCGAGCGAAUGUUUCGAUGUGCAUACACUGUUGGCUCGUUUCACCUUGAUCACGAUCUCCUCGACAACACUUGGUGCGGACCUGAGUGUCGAGAAGCGGGAAGUGUUGGAAGAAUAUAGCAGUAACGCCGUAGAAAUGUUUACUAGCUGCUUCGAACGCAUCUACAAGACCUGGUUGUAUCCAGAAUUCGUGUACAGAAUGACCUCCGCGUUCAAGGAAGAACAGACACGAUUUCAACUUUUCAAGCAGAUGUCCCGAAAGAUCAUAAACAUGCGUCAAGCCAUCCAGUCGCCGUGCAAAUCGCAGGACGAGCAGCAAGAUUCCGACCCGGAGGACAAACAGGAGCUACCGAGGGGGAAGAAUUUCAUCGAACGAUUGGAAGAAAUGUCGCACGACCCAGCCAACGACAUCGAUGAGGACGGGUUCCAGCAGCACAUCGAUACGAUGAUGUUCGCUGGCAACGAUACCUCCGCACAGACGCUCUCGAACGCAAUGCUAGCGCUCGGCAUGUAUCCCGACUGGCAGGAGAAAGUGUACCAAGAAAUUAUGGACGUUGCACCGACCGGACCCAUUUCGUACGAGGAUCUGUCCAAGCUUACCUACAUGGAGAUGUUCCUGAAGGAAACGUUACGUCUUCUACCCAUUACGGGGCUGAUCGCACGCCUACCCACGAAAGAAGUGCAAGCGCAACACGUUACAAUUCCACCCGGUGCCAUCGUACUGAUACCGUUUCUGAAAAUCCAUCGUGAUAAAACGAUCUGGGGUCCUGAUGCCGAGCUGUUCAAUCCGGACAACUUUCUGCCGGAACGGUGCGCCCAACGGCAUCCUUAUGCGUACAUACCGUUCAGCCAGGGGCCGCGUAACUGUAUCGGCAUGAAGUAUGCUUGGAUCUCGAUGAAGAUAUUUCUCUGCCACGUGGUGCGUCAGUAUCGUAUCGCGACCGACAUCAAGCUGAGUGAUAUUAAGUUUUCACUGUCGCUGAUAAUGAAGCUGAAUACGAAACAUUUGAUCCGUUUGGAACGCCGCUCUGCGCCGUCGUCCGAUGAAGUGAUUUGCAAUAGUAACUCGAAAUAAACUUUUUUCCUCCUACAAUACUGUAA